AUGGAGGUUGAUAGUGAGGACGAAGAAGAUGAUCAAGUUUAUGAAGAGAUAGUAGUGGAGCUAAACCCAGCCGUGAAAUCACCGCCCGUUCCAUCUACAUCUACUACACCGGUUGCUACACCAGUAGCUAAAUCGGCAGUUGUUGAACCUGAGGUGAAGGCGUACAAGCCUAAGAUUCCUUUCCCUCAGAGAUUGAAGAAGGAUAAGCUCAAGGAACAAUACGGAAUGCCGAACUAUGCCAAGUUUAUCAAGGAUCUUAUAACGGAUAAGAGGAAGCUAGAGGAAGCUAAUGCUACUUUCCUUAACGCGGAGUGUUCGGCAAUUGUGCAAAAUCAGAUCCCUCCUAAGCUUGAAGAUCCAGGGAGUUUUUUGAUUACUUGUUCUCUUGAUGCUAAGCUUACUUGUGAUGCUUUGGCCGACAUUGGUGCUAGCAUUAAUUUGAUGCCUUUUUCAGUUUAUAGGCGAUUGUCUUUAGCGGCAUUGAAGCCAAAUUGGAUGAGCAUUAGGCUAGCCGAUCAUUCAUUUCAGUACCCCACGGGGAUUGCUGAAAAUUUGUGUGUUAAAGUAUGCCACAUUGUCUUUUUGGCUGAUUUUGUUAUUCUUGAGAUGGAAGAUGACACCAAGGUGCCUCUUAUUUUAGGCCGUCCUUUCUUGUAUACGGCCGAUGCCAUCAUUCGUGUCAAGGAUAAGGUCAUUUCGUUAGGAAUAGGAUGUUAG